UGUUCAUGGUGGACAAUGGAGCAGAUGACUGGAGAAUAGCCAUGACUUAUGAGCGUAUUUUCUUUAUCUGCUUGGAAAUACUGGUGUGUGCUAUACAUCCCAUACCUGGGAACUAUACAUUCACAUGGACAGCCCGGCUCGCCUUUUCUUACGCUCCAUCCACAACAACAGCUGAUGUGGAUAUUAUUUUAUCUAUACCAAUGUUCUUAAGACUAUAUCUUAUUGCCAGAGUUAUGCUUUUGCAUAGCAAACUUUUCACUGAUGCCUCAUCUAGAAGCAUUGGAGCAUUAAAUAAGAUAAACUUCAAUACCCGUUUUGUUAUGAAGACUCUAAUGACAAUAUGUCCAGGAACUGUACUGUUGGUUUUUAGUAUCUCAUUAUGGAUAAUUGCUGCAUGGACUGUCCGAGCUUGUGAAAGGUACCAUGAUCAACAAGAUGUUACUAGCAACUUCCUUGGAGCAAUGUGGUUGAUUUCAAUAACUUUUCUAUCCAUUGGAUAUGGUGACAUGGUACCUAAUACAUACUGUGGGAAAGGAGUCUGUUUACUCACUGGAAUCAUGGGUGCUGGGUGCACUGCACUGGUGGUAGCUGUGGUGGCAAGGAAGUUAGAACUUACCAAAGCUGAAAAACAUGUGCAUAAUUUCAUGAUGGACACCCAGCUAACUAAAAGAGUGAAAAAUGCAGCAGCCAAUGUACUCAGGGAAACAUGGUUAAUUUAUAAAAACACAAAGCUGGUUAAAAAGAUAGACCAUGCGAAAGUAAGGAAACAUCAACGCAAAUUCUUGCAAGCUAUUCAUCAACUAAGAAGUGUAAAAAUGGAACAAAGGAAACUGAACGAUCAAGCCAACACUUUAGUGGACCUGGCAAAGACUCAAAACAUCAUGUAUGACAUGAUUUCUGACUUGAAUGAAAGAAGUGAAGAUUUUGAGAAGAGAAUUGUUACUCUGGAAACUAAACUGGAAACUUUAAUUGGAAGCAUUCAAGCUCUCCCUGGACUGAUUAGCCAGACAAUCAGCCAGCAACAGAGGGAUUUCCUCGAGGCUCAGAUACAAAAUUAUGAUAAGCAUGUUGCCUACAGUGCUGAACGAUCACGGUCUUUGUCAAGAAGAAGGAGAUCAUCCUCCACAGCGCCACCAACUUCAUCAGAGAGUAGCUAGAAGAGAAUAAGUUAACCACAAAAAUAAAGACUUUUUGCCAUCAUAUGGUCAAUAUUUUAGCUUUUAUUGUAAAGCCCUAUGGUUCUAACCAGUGUUAUCUGGGUUCUGAUGUCAGAAUCCUGGAAACCUGAACACGUUUUAGGCCAAAAUGAGUGAAAACUCUUCUUUUUUCCCCCCUCCUCCUCUCAGAUGCACAGUGAAUGCACCUAUUAUUGCUGUAUUAGAUUGUUCCUCCUGUAAUUUCACUAACUUUUUAUUCAUGCACUUCAAACAAACUUUAUUACUACAGUAUAUAACAUAAAAAGAUUAAUUUCUGCACAUAGUUGCUUGAGUACUUGGACUUAACAACUAAAAAGCUCACAAUCAAAAGGCCUAAUUUACAAACUUUUAAGAAACAAAAUUGAAGCUUAAUAAUUAUCUCUCAG